UUGCCUUGCCUAUAUACUACAUAAAAAAAAACAGGAUAAACGAACAAAUAGGCGUUUUUGGGUUCAUCCUUUGAACCUGAAAAGGCCUCGGGAAGGCCAAUUCCAAGUUACCUUUAUGACUUUAAGAUUCCACGCGGACGAGUUCUUAAAGUACUACCGUAUGUCGAUUUCAUCAUUUGAUGAACUGUUAUCACGAAUAAAGCAUAGAUUGCAAAAAGAAAAUACAAUUCUACGAGAUUCAAUACCACCUGAAGAAAGGUUGUCAGAGACAUUAAGAUACUUGGCUACUGGUACAAGUUUUUCAUCGUUGCAUUUCGACUUUUUGAUGGGUGUAUCGACCAUAGCCAAAGUAAUUAAUGAAACGUGUAUGGUGUUGUGGGACGAGUUACAACCAACUGAAAUGGCCCCACCAACAGUAGAAAAUUGGUUGGAAAUAGCGGAAUUUUUCUAUAAAAAUACACAAUUUCCUAAUUGCGUAGGAGCUGUCGAUGGUAAACACAUCCGGUUGCAAUGUCCAAAAAACAGCGGUACUCAGUAUUACAACUAUAAGAAUUUUUUUUCUUUGGUUUUAAUGGCAAUUUGUGAUUCUAAUUAUUGUUUCUCAAUAAUCGAUGUAGGCUCUUUCGGGAAAGAGAGUGAUUGCAAUAUUUUCAAACAAUGCCCUUUUGGAAAAAAAUUAUACUCUGACAAAAUAAAUUUCCCUCAAGAUAAAUGUCUACCUGGUGAUGAAGACGGUGUCUCUCAGCCAUUCGUACUAAUAGCAGAUGAAGCGUUUGCGUUGAAUAAGCAUUUAUUACGACCUUUUCCUGGUAGAACUUUAAACGAUGAUAGGAGAAUAUUUAACUAUCGUCUUUCUAGAGCAAGGCAAAAGAUAGAAUGCUCUUUUGGAAUUUUGUCCAACAAAUGGAGAGUUUUCCAUACUACUCUACUAGUAACACCAGAUGUUGCUGUGUCCAUAACGAAGGCAGCAUGCGUAUUGCAUAAUUUUGUACGACGUAGGGAUGGUUUUAAUUUUGAGGACACGAUUAGUUGCGAAAUGCCUGAUGUAUCAGAUAAAAUAGGUGUUGGAAAUGCAUCUUUAAAUGCCAAAGAUAUUAGGGAAUAUUUUGUAAAAUAUUUUAACAAUCCAGAACAUGCUCUAAGCUGGCAAAAUAAGGUAUUAGGUUAA